AUGCUCGGUAUCAAUUCUCACGGAGUCAACAAUUCUUCAGGUGGGAAGUUCACGACUACUCAUGCCGGUUUUGGUACCAUCUUGCUAGGCAUCCUGCCUCACGAAAGAGAUCGAAAUCCCAAUUCUCCUUACGAACCUGAUGUAAAAUUCUCGCCAGGAGGAAAAGUGGGAGCCACGCCAACAAACCAACCCUCUCCUGCAGACGAGAUCAAUUCCGAAUACCCACCCCCAACCUCCGCAAAAUUCAAAUGGACGCCCAACCAGCGCUAUCUCCUUCGCACGCUCCUCCGUGCUCCUGUCCUCGGUGCAGCCGCAUACUCACCACCAGACCUUCUCCAAAUCCAACUCGAAAAGCUCGUAGCCAACUGCAUCAUCAACCCACUCACCGUACUCCUUGACGCCCGCAAUGGUGCCAUACUCUACAACUACGCCCUAACCCGCACGAUGCGGCUCCUCCUCUCUGAAAUCAGCCUCGUCAUCCGCUCUCUACCCGAGCUGCAAUACAUCCCCAACGUGUCCUCGCGCUUCGACCCGGGGCGACUCGAAACGCUCGUCGUCAGCAUCGCGAACAAGACAAAAGACAAUGUCAGCAGUAUGCAGACGGAGAUUGAGUAUAUUAAUGGGUGGAUUGUGAAGAGGGGCGAGGAGUUGGGGAUUGUCUGUGCGUUGAAUUAUAUGGUUGUGCAGAUGGUCAAGGGGAAGGUGGCGAUGGUGGCGAGGGAGUUGGGCGAUGGAGUGCCGUUUGUGGAGGGCGGGGAUGUGGAGGUGAAGGAGGGCGUUGCGCAGACGAAUGAGGAGGAGGAGAAGAGGUAG